CUUGAUUGCGCUCUGCUACAGUGCCAAUUAUUGGCUUGCUGCCAUGUCAACGAGGGGCGGCCCAGGACAGGCCUUGCCGGCGCGCGCGUGCCGCACUGGCCACUUUCAACUUCCACCAUGUUUAGCGGCGUCCUGCAGACGGAGCUGCUGUCUAUACUUUACAGCUGCGGGAGCAAACCGCUGGCCAUAUGGGAGAGCAAGGCAGGCUAGGAACGGGCACAUCAAGCGCAUCACCGACAGCGACAUCCGCAACUCGCUCGUCCUGGAGCUGACGGGCACCAACGUGGCGACGACCUACAUCUCGGCGCCAAUCAACCCGCACGCUUCCCUGGGCAUCAAGCUGCCCUUCCUGUGCAUGGUCAUCAAGAACCUCAAGAAGUACUUCAGUUUCGAGAUCACGAUUCUAGAUGACAAAAACAUGCGGCGCCGGCUGCGCGCCAGCAACUACCAGUCCACGACGCGGGUGCGCCCCUUCUGCUGCACGAUGCCGCUGGGGCUGACCGAGGGCUGGAACCAGAUCCAAUUCAACCUGGCCGACUUCACGCGGCGCGCGUACGGCACCAACUACGUGGAGUGCGUGCGCGUGCAGAUCCACGCCAACUGCCGCCUGCGCCGCAUCUACUUCUCGGACCACCUGUUCUCCGAGGCCGACCUGCCGGACUCGUACCGCAUGGGCCACGCCGACGACGCGGAGCUGCACCGCCAGCACAUGAUGCACCGCCAGCAGGCCAUGCAGGCCAGCAUGCUGCAGCAGGAGCAGGACAUGAUGCAGGCCCAGCAGCCAGCGAACGCCGUCGCCUGAAUCCUGUCGGGGAAGAGCGACGGAGCGCCCUGUCUGAAAACGGCAACUGAAACUCCCUGUGCAUUUCGUUUCUAGCUUUUAGACU